AAGUACCGGACAGCCCUUGCGCCCUAGCCCGCGCGAGGAGCCCUGCUCCCUCGACUUGCGACUUGACUUGCGACUCGCUGCUGUCCAGACUCAGCACGCUCUGUUCCCUCGCCUUACAAGUCCCGGCGCCCAGGCCCCGCCGCGAUGCUUCCCGGCCCGGGACACCCGCUGUCAGCUCCAGCCCUGGCUUUGGCUUUUACCUUGGCCUUGUUGGUCAGAUCUACAGCUCCUGCCUCCUUCUUCGGGGAGAACUACCUGGAGGUGCCUGUGCCCUCAGCCCUGACGAGAGUGGACUUGCUGCUCCAAUUCUCCACAUCCCAGCCUGAAGCCCUGCUUCUCUUGGCAGCAGGCCAAGCUGACCAUCUCCUGCUCCAGCUCCACUCUGGACGCCUACAGGUCAGACUUGCCCUGGGACAAGAGGAGCUGAGGUUGCAGACGCCAGCAGACACUGUGCUGAGUGACUCCGCCCCCCACACUGUAGUGCUCACAGUCUCCGACAGCUGGGUUGUGCUGUCUGUUGAUGGAGUGUUGAACACCUCUUCCCCCAUCCCAAGAGCAUCCCACCUCAAGGCCACCUAUGGACUCUUUGUGGGCUCCUCUGGAAGCCUGGAUCUGCCUUACCUGAAGGGAAUCAGCCGACCCCUGAGGGGAUGCCUCCACUCAGCCAUUCUCAAUGGCCGCAACCUUCUCCGUCCGCUCACCCCCGAUGUUCGUGAAGGUUGCGCUGAAGAAUUCUCUGCUGGGGAUGAAGUGGGCCUGGGCUUCUCUGGACCCCACUCGCUGGCUGCCUUCGCUGCCUGGAGCACUCGGGAGGAAGGCACCCUGGAGUUUACGCUCACCACUCGGAGUCAGCAAGCACCCCUGGCCUUCCAAGCAGGGGACCAGCGUGGCAACUUUAUCUACGUGGACAUAUUUGAGGGCCACUUGCGGGCUGUGGUUGAAAAGGGCCAAGGCACCAUGCUGCUUCGUAACAGCGUGCCAGUGGCUGACGGGCAGCCCCACGAGGUCAGCGUACACAUAGAUGUUCACCGGCUGGAAAUCUCUGUAGACCAAUACCCUACGCGUACUUUCAACCGUGGGGUCCUCAGCUACCUGGAGCCACGUGGCAGUCUCCUCCUUGGGGGGCUGGACACAGAGGCCUCUCGCCACCUCCAAGAACACCGUCUGGGCCUGACACAGGGGGCUGCCAAUAUCUCCCUGGUAGGCUGCAUAGAAGAUUUCAGCGUGAACGGCAGGAGGCAGGGCCUCCGGGAGGCCUGGCUGACCCGUGACAUGACAGCAGGCUGCAGGCCUGAGGAGGAUGAGUAUGAGGAAGAAGUCUAUGGCCCGUAUGAAACCUUCUCCACCCUGGCACCAGAAGCCUGGCCAGCCAUGGAACUGCCAGAGCCAUGUAUUCCUGAGCCAGGACUGCCUGCUAUCUUUGCAAACUUCACCCAGCUGCUUACCAUCAGCCCCCUGGUGGUGGCCGAGGGUGGCACAGCCUGGCUUGAGUGGCGGCACGUGCAGCCCACGCUGGACCUGACAGAGGCAGAGCUGCGCAAGUCCCAGGUGCUGUUCAGCGUGAGCCAGAGCGCACGCCACGGUGAACUGGAGCUGGACAUCCCGGGAGCCCAAACCCGGAAAAUGUUUACCCUGUUGGACGUGGUGAACCGUAAGGCCCGCUUUGUUCACGACGGCUCUGAAGACACCUCUGACCAGCUGAUGCUGGAGGUCUCAGUGACUGCUCGGGCACCUGUGCCCUCCUGCCUGCGGAGGGGCCAAAUUUACAUUCUACCCAUUCAGGUGAACCCUGUCAACGACCCACCUCGUAUCAUCUUUCCGCACGGCAGCCUCAUGGUGAUCCUGGAACACACACAGAAGCCUCUGGGACCCGAGAUUUUCCAAGCCUACGACCCAGACUCUGCCUGUGAGGGUCUCACCAUCCAGCUCCUUGGUGUGUCCUCUGGUGUCCCUGUGGAACACCGAGACCAGCCCGGAGAACCAGCAACUGAGUUUUCCUGUCGGGAACUGGAGGCAGGCAACAUCGUGUAUGUCCACCGUGGUGGGCCUGCACAGGACCUGACAUUCAGGGUCAGCGAUGGGAUGCAGGCCAGUGCUCCAGCUACACUGAAGGUCGUGGCUGUCCGGCCGGCCAUACAGAUCCUCCACAACACAGGACUGCACCUGGCCCAGGGCUCUGCUGCAGCCAUCUUGCCUGCCAACCUGUCAGUAGAAACGAAUGCAGUAGGACAGGAUGUGAGCGUGCUGUUCCGAGUCACUGGCCCCUUGCAGUUCGGGGAGCUGCAGAAACAGGGGGCCGGAGGGGUCGAGGGCACCGAGUGGUGGGAAACACUGGCCUUCCACCAGCGAGAUGUGGAGCAAGGCCGAGUGAGGUACCUGAGCACUGACCCACAGCACCACACCCGAGACACAGUGGAGGACCUGACCUUGGAGGUGCAGGUGGGCCAGGAGACCCUGAGCAAUCUGUCUUUCCCAGUGACCAUCCAGAGGGCCACAGUAUGGAUGCUGCGCCUUGAGCCUCUGCACACGCAGAAUCCUCAUCAGGAGACCCUCACCCCAGCCCACCUAGAGGCUUCCCUGGAGGAGGAGGAGGAGGGAGGCCCAUACCCUCAUACCUUCCACUAUGAGUUGGUUCAGGCCCCCAGGAGAGGCAACCUCCUGCUCCAGGGUACAAGGCUCUCAGAUGGCCAGAGCUUCAGCCAGAAUGAUCUGCAGGCUGGUCGUGUGACCUACAGGGCCACAACAAGGACCUCUGAGGCAGCUGAUGACUCCUUCCGUUUCCGGGUCACAUCUCCGCCACAUUUCUCCCCACUCUACACGUUCCCCAUCCACAUCGGUGGCGACCCGAAUGCUCCUGUCCUCACUAACGCCCUUCUCACGGUACCCGAGGGAGGGGAGGGAGUGCUGUCUGCUGACCACCUCUUUGUCAAGAGUCUCAACAGUGCCAGCUACCUCUAUGAAGUUAUGGAGCAGCCCCACCAUGGCAGGCUGGCUUGGAGGGACCCAAAGGGUAAGGCCACCCCAGUGACAUCCUUCACUAAUGAGGACCUACUGCAUGGCCGACUGGUCUACCAGCACGAUGACUCUGAGACCACAGAGGAUGAUAUCCCCUUUGUGGCCACGCGCCAGGGUGAGGGCAGCGGAGACAUGGCCUGGGAGGAGGUGCGUGGUGUCUUCCGAGUGGCCAUCCAGCCUGUGAAUGACCAUGCCCCUGUGCAGACCGUCAGCCGUGUCUUCCAUGUGGCGCGGGGUGGACAGCGGCUGCUGACGACAGACGACGUGGCCUUCAGUGAUGCUGAUUCAGGCUUUAAUGACGCGCAACUGGUGCUGACCCGCAAGGACCUCCUCUUCGGCAGCAUCGUGGCUAUGGAGGAGCCCACGAGGCCCAUCUACCGUUUCACCCAAGAGGACCUCAGGAAGAAGCAAGUCCUGUUUGUACACUCAGGAGCCGACCAUGGCUGGCUCCAGCUACAGGUGUCUGACGGGCAGCACCAGGCUACUGCCAUGCUGGAGGUGCAGGCCUCAGAGCCUUAUCUUCACAUAGCCAAUGGUUCUAAUCUUGUGGUCCCUCAGGGAGGCCAGGGCACCAUUGACACAGCUGUGCUCCACCUGGACACCAACCUGGAUAUACGAAGUGGGAAUGAGGUCCACUACCACGUCACAGCUGGCCCUCACUGGGGACAGCUGCUCCGGGAUGGCCAGUCAGUCACCUCCUUCUCCCAACGGGACUUGCUGGAUGGCGCCAUUCUCUACAGCCACAAUGGCAGCCUCAGCCCCCAAGACACCCUGGCCCUUUCUGUGGCAGCAGGACCAGUACAAACUAAUACCAUCCUACAAGUGACCAUUGCCCUGGAGGGUCCCCUGGCCCCACUACAACUGGUGCAGCACAAAAAGAUCUACGUCUUCCAGGGGGAAGCAGCUGAGAUCAGAAGGGACCAGCUAGAGGUAGUUCAGGAGGCAGUGCUGCCUGCCGACAUCAUGUUCUCGUUGAGAAGCCCCCCGAACGCUGGCUACCUGGUGAUGGUAUCCCACGGUGCUUCAGCAGAUGGACCGCCCAGCCUGGAUCCUGUGCAGAGAUUCUCCCAGGAGGCAGUGAAUUCAGGCCGAGUUCUCUACCUGCACUCUCGCCCUGGGGCCUGGAGUGAUUCCUUCUCCCUGGACGUGGCCUCGGGCCUGGGCGAUCCUCUUGAAGGUGUCUUGGUGGAGCUGGAGGUGCUGCCCACAGUCAUCCCCCUGGAUGUUCAAAACUUCAGCGUUCCUGAGGGUGGCACCCGUACCCUGGCCCCUCCGCUGGUCCAAAUCACUGGGCCUUACUUCCCCACACUGCCAGGCCUUGUCCUACAGGUGCUAGAGCCACCGCAGCACGGGGCCCUGCAGAAGGAGGACCAACCUCAAGAUGGAAGCCUCAACACUUUCUCCUGGAGAGAGGUGAAAGAGCAGCUGAUCCGCUACGUGCAUGAUGGAAGUGAGACGCAGACAGACAGCUUUGUCCUGUUGGCUAAUGCCUCAGAGAUGGAUCGCCAGAGCCAGCCCGUGGCCUUUACUGUCACCAUCCUCCCUGUUAAUGACCAACCCCCUGUCCUCACCACAAACACAGGCCUGCAGAUCUGGGAGGGAGCCAUUGUGCCAAUCCCUCCUGAGGCCCUCAGGGGAACAGACAAUGAUUCCGGGCCGGAAGACUUGAUCUACACCAUCCAGCAGCCCAGCAAUGGACAGAUAGCCUUGAGGGGAGCACCAGACACCGAGGUCCACCGCUUCACACAGGCUCAGCUGGACAGCGGGCUUGUGCUGUUCUCACACAGAGGAGCCCUGGAAGGAGGCUUCCACUUCGACCUCUCUGAUGGCGCGCAUACUUCUCCUGGACAUUUCUUCCGAGUCCUGGCCCAGAAGCAGGUGCUCCUCUCCUUGGAGGGCAGCCGGAAGUUGACCGUCUGUCCAGAGUCUGUGCAGCCACUCAGCAGCCAGAGCCUGAGUGCCAGUUCCAGCACAGGCACCGACCCGCGGCACCUGCUCUACCGGGUGGUAAGAGGCCCCCAGCUUGGCCGACUCCUCCAUGCCCAGCAAGGAAGUGCAGAGGAGGCCUUGGUGAACUUCACCCAGGCUGAGGUGAAUGCUGGGAAUAUCCUGUAUGAGCAUGAGAUGUCCUCUGAGCCCUUCUGGGAAGCCCACGACACCAUCGCUCUCCUGCUGUCCUCACCACCUGCCAGGGAUCUGGCUGCCACCCUGGCUGUGAUGGUGUCUUUUGAUGCUGCCUGUCCCCAGCGCCCCAGCCGUCUGUGGAGGAACAGAGGUCUUUGGGUCCCUGAGGGCCAGCGAGCCAAGAUCACUGUGGCUGCCCUUGACGCCGCCAACCUCCUAGCCAGUGUGCCAGCAUCUCAGCGCGGUCGGCAUGAUGUGUUCUUCCAGAUCACACAGUUCCCCACCCGGGGUCAGCUCCUGGUGUCCGAGGAGCCACUUCAUGCCGGGAGGCCCCACUUCCUGCAAUCCCAGCUGGCUGCGGGACAGCUGGUGUAUGCCCAUGGUGGUGGGGGCACCCAGCAGGAUGGCUUCCGCUUCCGUGCCCACCUCCAGGGACCAAUGGGGGCUUCUGUGGCAGGACCCCAAACCUCUGAGGCCUUUGUCAUCACUGUGAGGGACGUGAAUGAGCGGCCCCCUCAGCCACAGGCCUCCAUUCCUCUCCGUGUCACCAGGGGCUCACGAGCCCCUGUCUCACGAGCCCAGCUGAGUGUAGUCGACCCAGAUUCGGCUCCAGGGGAAAUUGAGUAUGAAGUACAGAGGGCACCCCACAAUGGCUUCCUGAGCCUGACUGGGGACAACACUGGGCCUGUGACGCACUUCACACAGGCCGAUGUGGAUGCAGGACGUCUGGCCUUCGUGGCCAACGGGAGCAGUGUGGCUGGCAUCUUCCAGUUGAGCAUGUCUGAUGGAGCCAGCCCCCCAAUACCCAUGUCCCUGACUAUAGAUGUCUUGCCAUCCACCAUUGAAGUGCAGCUGCGAGCACCCCUGGAGGUGCCCCAAGCUCUAGGACGUUCCUCCCUGAGCCGGCAGCAGCUCCAGGUGAUUUCGGAUCGUGAGGAGCCAGAUGUAGUUUACCGCCUCACUCAGGGGCCCCUGUACGGGCAGCUACUAGUUGGGGGGAAGCCCGCCUCAGCCUUCAGCCAGCUGCAGGUAGACCAGGGGGAUGUGGUCUUUGCCUUCACCAACUUCUCUUCCUCUCAGGAUCACUUCAAAGUCCUGGCUCUGGCCAGGGGUGUAAAUGCAUCAGCCACCGUAAAUGUCACAGUACAGGCUCUGUUGCAUGUGCGGGCCGGUGAGCCAUGGCCUCAGGGUGCCACCCUGCGCCUUGACCCCACUGUGCUGGAUGCCAGUGAGCUGGCCAACCGCACAGGCAGUAUGCCCCACUUCCGGCUCUUGGCAGGACCCCGAUAUGGCCGUGUAAUCCGUGUGUCCCAAGGCCGAACAGAAUCUAGAAGCAACCGGCUUGUGGAACAUUUCACUCAGCAGGACCUGGAAGAGGGAAGGCUAGGGCUAGAGGUGGGUAGGCCAGAGGGCAGGUCCACUGGCCCAACUGGCGACAGACUUACUCUGGAGCUGUGGGCAAGGGGUGUCCCACCUGCUGUGGCCUUGCUGGACUUUGCCACUGAACCUUAUCAUGCGGCCAAAUCCUACAGUGUGGUCCUACUCAGUGUCCCUGAGGCUGCUCGUACCGAAACAGAGAAACCAGGAAGAAGCACCCCCACUGGCCAGCCAGGCCAAGCAGCAUCCAGCCCCAUGCCCGCUGUGGCCAAAGGUGGUUUCCUGGGCUUCUUAGAAGCCAACAUGUUCAGCAUCAUCAUCCCCGUGUGCCUGGUCCUCCUGCUCCUGGCCCUCAUCUUGCCUCUGCUCUUCUACCUCCGCAAACGCAACAAGACAGGCAAGCAUGAUGUCCAGGUGUUGACCUCCAAACCCCGCAAUGGCCUAGCUGGUGACACAGAGACCUUUCGAAAGGUAGAGCCAGGCCAAGCCAUUCCACUCACAACUGUGCCUGGCCAGGGGCCCCCACCAGGAGGCCAGCCUGACCCAGAACUAUUGCAGUUUUGCCGGACACCCAAUCCUGCCCUCAGGAAUGGCCAGUACUGGGUAUGAGACCUGGCCUGUACCCAGAUGCUGCCCACCCUCCAGGCCCACUGCUUCUCUACCCUGGUCUGGCCUGAGGAUCUCCAGAGCCAAAAAGACCUUGAAAUGCCAGGGGUGGAGGGAGCUGGGACAGUCUAGAGGUCCUGGAAUGAGUGGAGUCGAGAGCUGGAACCUUCCUCGGCUCACUUAGACCAGGAGAGCCAUGGGGGCCAAGGUGAGAGGCAGCUAAAGUCAGCUCACUGCAGAAAACAGGAUACCAUCCUUGACGGAGCACAACUCUGGGUCCUGGGACUGUGACCUUAGAUAAGUCAUACCUGACCCAGACUGCCAAGGUCGGGAGAAGAGAACACCCUGGGCUUUCUACCCCAGCUCUGGUCAUUUGUUGUCUUUGAAGAACAAACUCUCCCUCUCUGGUGUUUUCCUGAAGCUGAAUGGGGAGGAAUGAUAGGCAAUAGAUUAAUAUAUUCAAGGUGCAAGAUGGGUGGGGUUGCUCUGGGGUUGGUUAAUUUAAGGCAAGAAAGCUAUUUAACAUGGUGCUGGGCUAGCCAGGCCUAAUGAAGCCCUGGAGUACGAGGGAUGAACAAAGGUCUGAAGCCAUUUCACCCACAGAGCCCUGUGGUAGAGCACUGAAGCACUGGCCAGCAACCUUCAGCAGUUGGACUGGGAGUGUUGAAGUCCACUCUGGUUGGUGGCCAUGCUCUCCUCAAGACGAGGGAGCACUUAACUCCAUGGAGCCUUGGCGACUGGUGCUUCAGAGGCUCCAGACAGCUGAGCAUUGUCUGUGUUUGACUGUGCACUGGGCUCUUAUCCUUGGCAGCUUCUCUCCCCUGGGGCUCGCAUGUGGCCUAGCUUCAUGGGGGUGGGGAUGGACAGAUCUGGACAAGCUCUUGAAUUUCCACCUCCCGGGGCAUUCCCAAAGUCCUCUACUCUCACCUGUACUGGCAGAUGGGCUGUUUGUUGAGACAGGACCAAAGCCCUUACGCUACAGGGAACUUCAGGGAAAA